AUGGGACCACCAAAAAAAUUGGUUUCACAAGAUGAAAUGCUUUUAUGUUUAAUGAAACUCCGACUGGGGUUACUAACAACAGACUUAUCAGACCGCUUUGGUAUUUCAGAAGAUUAUGCAGCAGUAUUUUCAAAUCUUGACCUUGGAACAAUAAUUGCAACAACACCUGAAAGAUUUCAUCAGUUUAAAAACUUAUUUGCUAUUAUUGAUUGUUCAGAAAUAUUCAUAGAGACACCAAAAGACUUAGAACUUCAGAGUGCAACUUGGUCUGAAUAUAAGCAUUAUAACACCUUAAAGUUUCUUAUUGGUGUUGCACCAAAUUCAAGUAUUAUAUUUGUGUCAAAAGCAUUUACAGGUCGAAUUAGUGACAAAAAGAUAACUCUUGACUCUAAUUUUCUUGAUCUUGUUCCAAGUUAUAGUACAUUGAUGGCAGAUAAAGGUUUUAACCUUAUUGAAGAAUGUGUUGCAAGAAAAAUUUAUUUUAUUACUCCACCUGGUCGUAGAGGCACCUCACAGAUGAUAGCAAGUGAUGUAAGCAAAACUAGUGCUAUUGCUAAAGUUAGAAUAUUAGUUGAACAGGUUAUAAGAAGAUUAAAACCUUUCGAAUUAUAUCACAGGAAGUGCCAAUAA